AACGCUCCUUCGUGCUGAAGAGGAACACUUGUUUACUUUCUUAUCACGAAGCCGGGCAACAGACGACUCUGAUGCCGUCUGUCGUGUCUUCGAUUUAUCGCUCAAGAAGCCCUGCAGGCAUGCUGCCUCCGGUCAUAUCGUAUCGACGAUAAUGUGAUCGAGUGGGUCGAACGGACGUCGUCACCUUGACGGGAACGUCUCUAUGGAGAACAUUAUCCCCGAGAAGACAUGAGGGAGGCUGCGUGGAGUCGCUGUUACUAAAGCGGUGAUCUCGGUGCACCGGCGGGUUGGAUGCAUAACUAGGUUUGCGCGAAGUUUAUCUUCUAUAACUUUAACACACUGUCGACAACUGAGCAUCGCCGUUACAUCUUCAUUCUCCUUCUCUGUCGCCAGUUCAUUCGUGUCGACAGUACGAGAGGAAGCUUUACCUCGGCCGCUCCUAUCUAAAUACAUCUGACAUCUAAAUAAAGAGCCCGUGGCCAUGGUGACAACCGUCUGGCUCGUUUUAGCGGCGCUGUCUGCCGGUUGCCGUGUGACCGGUGGCCAGCAGCUGCCCUUCUGGGACGCCAACAGCUACGUGGACCAGAUGAUCCUGACGAGACUGCGGGCACACAGGGAGGACGUCGAUCCCCUAGAGGUGCCGCCAUUCGCUCUCCACAACAGCCACGAUAAGCGGUACGGCCCGGUGCGCUUUCAGGCGUCGAACGUCACCGGCCUGAGCCGAGUCGCGCGAUUGCAGCGCGGAGACCAGUGCGCCAGCGUCACCGACGAGUUCCCCGACAGGGCCAACGUCACCUGCCACGUCACCUUCGACGCCAUCAAGGUGUACCUGGACAGCCUUCUCACUCAUGAUGGCCACGAAGUCUUGGAUAUCAAAGCCAAUGUGACCUUCCGAAACGUGCUGGCGCGACUUGACGUGCACUUUGCUCCGUGGUACGACCCGGUGGCCAACCUCACCGUCGGCGCCACUUUCAACGACCUCCGUUCGACCUUUGACGGCCUCACCAAGACGCCUGAGACGCAAAAGCUCCUCUGGGGCUACGAAAAGGUGGCGAAGGACAUCGUCGCCCAGGCCAUUACUGUGGAAGUCAGCAACGUUUUGACUAAAGUCGCGUCGGAGCUGGUAUUUCCUUGCUGCAGCAGCAGGUGACAAGGGGAAACGACGCAAGGACCCGGGUGGGUCCAGCGGGACCCGGAUAGAACAACGUUAACGAUCGACUCCCCCCAGCAAUUGUAAACAAUUAGGCUGCUGCAAGUGAGCGUGUCUGUUCACGCUGGUUGAUCUCAAUGACCAGCGUGUGAGGAAGACAUAAACUGUUUCAUGUUCCUCUA